AUGGGAAAUCACCUUGACCUUCUCUUGGGAACCGUGCUGCUGGCCAGCCCCGUGCUCAGCAUCUCCCCCUGCUCCUCGGACGGUCGCAUCGCCCUGUACCGUUCCUGUAACCUCACCCGGGUGCCCCCGGUCCCCGACUCCACGGAGCGCCUCCUGCUGAGCUUCAACUACAUCCGGGCCGUCACGGCCACGUCCUUCCCCGUCCUGGAGCGGCUGGAGCUGCUGGAGCUGGGGACGCAGCUCACCGCCUUCACCGUGGGCCGGGCCGCCUUCCGGAACCUGCCCAACCUCCGGGUGCUGGACUUGGGUCACAGCACGCUAGCCUCGCUGCACCCGGACGCCUUCCAGGGGCUGCCCCGUCUGUUUGAGCUCCGGCUCUUCUAUUGCGGGCUCUCCGAGGCCGUGCUCAGGGACGGCCACUUCAGAAACCUGCCGUCACUGAGCCACCUGGACCUGUCCAAGAACCAGAUCCACAGCCUCUCCCUCCCCGCUUCCUUCCGGGAGCUGAACGCCCUGACGUCCAUCGACUUCUCCCUCAACGACGUCCCCGUCCUGUGCGAGCGGGACCUCCAGCCCCUCCGAGGGAGGGAGCUGUCCUUCCUGGGCCUCGCUGCCACCAACCUGUACUACAGAGUCUCCGUGGACUGGGCCGCGUGCAGGAACCCGCUCAGGGACAUGGUCCUGGACACCCUCGACGUGUCCAGGAACGGCUGGAGCGUGGACCUCGUGCGGAACUUCACCGGCGCCCUCAACGGCACCCCGAUCGCCUCCCUGCUUCUCGCCUGGCACGUCAUGGGUCCCGGGUUCGGCUUCCAGAACAUCAAGGACCCCGACCGGCGCACCUUCGCCGGCCUGGCCCGCAGCUCGCUGCGACGCCUGGACCUCUCGCACGGCUCCGUCUUCGCCCUGGGCUCCCGGCUCUUCGAGAGCCUCGGGGCGCUGAGGCUCCUGAACCUGGCCCACAACAAGGUCAACACGAUCGCCCGCCAGGCCUUCUACGGGCUGGACAGCCUCCGGGUCCUCAACCUGUCCUUCAACCUCCUGGGGGAACUGUACGACCCCAGCUUCGACGGCCUGCCCAGCGUGGCCUACAUCGACCUGCAGAGGAACCACAUCGGGGUGGUCCAGGCCCGGACGUUCCGGUCCCUGCGGAGCCUGCAGACCCUGGACCUCCGGGACAACGCCCUGAAGACCGUCAGCUUCGUCCCGAGCAUCCCCACCCUCUACCUGGGGGGCAACAAGCUGGUGACGCUGCCCAGCGCCGGGUUCGAGGCCAGCUUCGUGCAGCUGUCGGAGAACCGGCUGGAGCGGGUGGACGAGCUCUACGCCCUGUUCCAGAUCCCCCAGCUCCAGGUUCUCGUCCUCAACCAGAACCGCCUGUCCCUGUGCGCCGCCGCCGCCGCCCCCCGGCCGGUGGGGAGCCCCAGCUUGGAGCAGCUCUUCCUGGGGGAGAACAUGCUGCAGCUGGCCUGGGAGACGGGGUCCUGCUGGGACGUCUUCCAGGGGCUGGCCCGCCUGCAGCGCCUCUUCCUGAACAACAACUACCUGACCUUCCUCCCGCCCGGCGUGUUCAGCCAUCUGGUCGCCCUAAGGUUGCUCAGCCUCAACGGCAACCGGCUGGCCGCCCUCGCCCCCGGCGACCUCCCGCCCGGCCUCGAGGUGCUGGACGUGUCCCGGAACCAGCUCCUCUCCCCGGACCCCGCGGCCUUCGCGUCCCUGCGCUUCCUGGACGUCACCCACAACAAGUUCAUCUGCGAGUGCGACCUCGGCCCCUUCGUCGCGUGGCUCAACCGGACCAACGUCACCCUCCUCGGGGCGCCCGAAGACGUGUCCUGCUCGUACCCGGGCCCCCUGGCUGGGACGCCCCUGUCCUCGCUGUCCACGGAGGGCUGCGACGAGGAGGAGAGGCUCGCCGCCCUCCGCUUCUCCCUCUUCGUCCUGUCCACCGUCGCCGUGGCCCUGUUCCUCGCGGCCAUCCUGGCGGUGGCCAAGCUCCGGGGGUCCUGCUUCCUCUGCUACCAGACGGUCCGGAGCCGUCUGUUGGGGGACCGGGCCGGAGAGCCCGACGAUUACAAGUACGAUGCCUACCUGUGCUUCAGCGGCAAGGACUUCGAGUGGGUGCAGGGCGCCCUGCUGGCCCGCCUGGACGCCCAGUACGGCGCCCGCAACCCGUUGCGCCUGUGCUUUGAGGAGAGGGACUUUGCGCCGGGCGAGAGCGUCCUGGCCAACAUCCAGGCGGCCGUGUGGAGCAGCAGGAAGGUGGUGUGCGUGGUGAGCCGGCACUUCCUGCGGGACGGCUGGUGCCUGGAGGCCUUCGGCUGCGCCCGGAGCCGCAGCCUGGCCGACCUCCGCGGCGGCGCCGGCGCCCUGGUCGUGGUGGUGGUGGGCGCGCUGUCCCAGUUCCAGCUCCGGAGGCACCAGGCCGUCCGCGCGUUCCUGCAGCGGCAGCCCUACCUGCGGUGGCCCGAGGACCCGCAGGACGUCGGCUGGUUCCUUCACAAGCUCUCCCGGCUCAUCCUGAAGAGGGAGGAGGAGGAGAAGAACGACGACGACGACGACAACGGGGACAUCCCGCUGCAGGCCAUCACCACCGUCUCCUAG